CUUUGUUUCAUAGAUCGAUCAAGAUGGCCGAUAAAAACUUCUGGCAGUUUGCCCGCCUGCCUGUGGAGAUUCAAAAGGAUAUCUUCGGUCUGAUGCUGCGGGCUCCUCGGGUUCAUUACCUCGAGAUGUACACCGCGAAUCCACACCAGGGCUGGGAUGAUAGUUCCAAGGCAGUAAAGGACAUUCAGGGACAGACUAUUCGCCAGGACGCUGGACGGGUCCUCCAGGAACUCGUGGCGGGACAUGGUUAUCUCUGCGGUAAUAAUCUUGUUGACUCGAAUCACACACCAACCGACCUAGCUCCUCCAUUCAAGAUCUCCGAGCCUCAAGCAUUUGGGGGAAAUCCGACGUCCUACUAUUUCACCGACACGCGUCGGUUAAAACAGGUCAACCAGGUGGCAUGCCAAACAGCCCGCAGCAGUGCUCGGCACCCAGUAAUGUCGCAACCACCACAAAUUCACCGUGACCUGAGCGGUAAACUACCAACCAUCCCUCUCCAUCUCAACACAAAGGAUGACCUUGUUUAUUUGCACAACGUGAUGCCCGGGGGUUUCGAGAUGUCUGAGACCAGAAAAUGGCUGGAAGAUAAGGAAACAAGGGCAUCUAUCACCGACCAAACCAAGAACAUUCAACACAUCAUGUUCGCUUUCCACGGGCACAGCGCCGAUCGUUGCUGCGCCGGUUGUGAUAAACUAGAGAUCCAUAACCAGCAACUGGGCGUUUUAACUCGUAGGCGCGACCAUAGCCGGCAAGAACGCGCCCGACGUGGAGAUAAGAUUAAGACCGCGUGUAAGAUGUGCAGCAAGGUUCAGGAACAGAUGAAGGCUAGCAGUGAGCCCGUUGAGGAGGCUACCAUCCGUGAGGGCCUGCUAAAGGAUCGCAUGUUAGCCAUGUUGCCGGAAGUGCAACGUGAGUGCGUUGCAAAAAACCACCGCAUCGACGCCAUCAUAAACUAUGACGAAAACCGCGCUACCUACAACAUGUGGUCCGCCAACGACGGAGACGGCAGCCAAGACCACACCAUAUUCCCGGCGACGGACACCGAAGAUGACGACGAGGACGACACUGUCUCCAUCUGCUCCGCUGACAUCGACCCCGACGACCAUUUCGGCUGGUACAACAACUCCCGCAACUUCCUCGUCGUCGAGACAAUCCCCUAUCCACAAUGGGGCGUUAUCAGCGACACCAUUACCGGAGACACCAUGCCGUCAGAUUUAGUUGAGCUGUUAGAACCCCCGAGCACCCACAAACCACCACCCCCACCCCGCACAACCGGCAACACCGCCACGGACGCCUUCAACCUCCCAACCCCGCUCGCCCCAGAGCACUUCCACCCCCCGGACGACCGGGCCAAACCUUCAGAGCGCGAGCCUAGACACGCCAGCCAUUGGCAGUGCCGAUUCAAUGAAGUGGUAACGGACAUCCCUCCCGAGGUGGUCACCUGCUUCCCCGACGUGGUGUGCGUGCACAUCAUCGACCACGACCUCACGCUGCGGCCCGACAUCACGGAGCUGCCCGCGCAGGGCCAGCGGUGGCUGACGGGCAGCCAGGACACGCUGUUCGUGGAGGUGGUGGACCCGGAGGACGGGAGCUGGGUCUCCGAGGCGGCGCUGCGGCGCGAGCGGAGGGCGGCGGCGCGGCGCAAUGGCGAGCCGGAGCCGGACCCGGACCCGGAGCCGCAGCGGGUGACGGACCCGGGGCACGCAGUCUGGGACUGGGACCGGGAGGAGAUAGUCGAAAAGCACCCGGAGGAUGAGCGGCCGGAUCCGCCGGGGGUGCUGGAGUAUGCGACGUGGCUGAAGGCGGCUCUGGAAAAGUUGUUUUCCGGCGAUGAGCAGAAAGGGGUGCCGGCGAGGAAGGUUGACGUGGGGAUUGUGGCGUAUGUGGUCCUGGAUAGCAAAGGGAAGGUGACCUACGAGGGGAGGGAGAAGAAGUGGAACACGCGGAGGAAAAGCCGAAUGUUCACUAUCCCUCAAUGGUGCUUCCCUAGUUCUACCUAAGAUUGCUUACAUUAUUCAGAGUCCAGAGGAAAGUGGGGAUACCCUCUCUCCAUACAGAGAGUAGCUACAGGACUCCCUGAUCCUCUAUAUCUUGUAGCCUCUACACUUUUUUCAGCACUCUCACCGCGUUACCGAGACUGCGGUGAAUGAGUAAUAAGAUGAUAACUUAGACCUUGAAACUA